UCGAUUAUCUUUAAGAAUCAGCAGGUUUUACUUGGUGCACAUACAAAUCAAGACUUGGUGCUGUUUAACGAUGAUAAUUUUGUCUGAUGGUUCUGCAGCGGGGGGGGGGAGCACAUGGUGGGCGAAGGAUGAUUGGCUUUGUGCUGCGUGGGAGAAUUGAAGGGCACUGUUUAUGUCUGAUGCGGCUUCACCGCGGAGGCAUGAGAAGGCAGGAAGCGAUUAAGCUGCAUUGCAUCGAAAGGACAAUAGGAUUUUCCUGAGUGUACCAACAAUUGCAGUUUUCCAUUUUAAACCAUGGGAUAUUUGGGAGAGGGGAGGUGAUUUGCUGGAUCUGUGAGAAAGUGUGGGAGGGGGCACUGCGCCAUUUUGGGGGGGCACAGGAUUUUGCGAGGGAGAAGCCUGCACCAAGCCCACUGUUUUUGCACGGUAGCGGGAAUGGCUGGUAGCGCUGAAAAGCGCAAGCGUAACAAGCGAGGCAUUUGACAGCGGAAAUCCCCACGCGGGAGGAUCGUGAAAAGAAUACUGAACGCGUUAAUAUGAGAUUAAACACCCAUGUAAUUUGAGGACAAGUUUAUUCAUGUGAUCCAGUUAAGAUCAAUAAAAUCGAGGGUGGAUUUAAAAAAACAAAAACAAAACCUUUCCGCUUCAUCAGGAGAAACUGUUCAAACGAAUCACCUCAUUUUGAAUGGCAGCAAGGUAGACAAUGUCAGCACCAUACUUCCCUCUCCCUUGCCUCCUCUUUGCCAAUCCGGUUGGAGAGAUAAUAAUCUACACUCUGCUCCUCCAACUCACAACCAGCUCAUUCCAGUUCAAAGGGAAGAGGUUGUAAAAAAUCGGCUUGAGCCGUCUGUUUGCAUUAAAAAAGAAAAAGAAUGGCUAUCGGAACCUUGGCAGCUCCAGCAACUGAGUUUCCAGCCAGAGAAGGAACAUGAAAAGCCCUGGCAAGGAGCUGAAACUGAUUUCCCGGGGAAUAAUAUCGGACCCCGAUACAGGCAGCCGCACGUGCAAGCAAGUUGCCCUACAGCACCCGAAUUUACAUCAGCCAAUCGUUCUUCCAUAACCCCAACAGGUCUGAAUGAAUGAUAGCACUGUACGCCUCCGAAAGGAGCCGCAUAGAUUAAUGAUCAGAGCGAGCGAGGGAGUACAUAUCGCGGCUUUUACACCCGUCAGCCACCACAUUGGGCAAGUUUUGCACCUGGGAGGAAGGGAGCGUGGGGCGCCCAGAAAUAGCAGAGAGGGCGGGGCUUAUUGCCGUGACGGCGCAGCAAUGAGGCGGUCUCUGCCUCUGGAAUGUGCAUUUCGCUUAACAAGCCUUCCAAGUGCCAAUAGCCGAGAGUCACGUCUUGGACUGCGGCUGCGCACGGAGAGCGCAGCCAAAGCCCUUGAACAAAAUGCGGACGUCAGAGCGCUCUCCGCCCUCCCUUCCCCCGUUUCCCUUUGUAACCUACAUAACUCAGCAGCUGCAGCAGCACUGUGGGAAUGGUGACCUAGACGCCAGAAUUUUAGGAAAACGCUGCCAUUUUGUUUACCCGGCACGAUCCCAUAUGCACGCAGCGUGACACUUACAUGUAUACAGUAGGAUUACGCCUUUCCUUCGGUGACAAUGGGUUCUUCCUAUCUGGUACCAGGGAAGCUUGCGCGGCUUUUCUGAGAAGGCGCGGGGUGGGAGAGAAGCGCUAGGAAACCGACUGUGGGGGUGCGCUGAAUCUGCCCAGCGCAGCGCUGCUGCCUCACGGCAGGAAAGGAAAGGAAAGGAAAGGAAAGGAAAGGAAAGGAAAUACGGCUGCCCCAGUAUUGGUACUGAAGACCUGAAAGGACUUUCAAAGAUCCUGCAAAAGUAAUACAUUUAUGAAGAAGCCUGCCAGCGGUUAGUGUAACUAGCAGGGUCACGCACAACAGAUUUACACAUUGUGGUAGAUCUCCUUGCUGGCAAAGCAGCUAUCGAGUUGAUUUCUAAUGCGCUUUUCACUCGUGUAUCCAGUACCCCCGGCUUCUCAUUAUACCGCUGUGCCUGAAGCGUCCUUUUUAAUGCGGCAGUCUAAAAAUAUUUUCCAUUCCCUUACAUUCAGUUGCUGAUUUCAAAAAAUAUCUAAAAAGAUUCUUGAGCGCACUAAAGUAGUAAUUUAAAUAGUGUCUGGGGUACUUUUAACAUGAGAUUUCAGGAAGAAAACCUUACAUGCAUGCCAACCCCCGUCGUAUUUUUGGGCAAACCAAUUACAUCAUUUUCUGAUUAUGCUCCUAAGUCAGGAUCGUAUUCAGGAUCGUUACCUUUGGUUGCUUGACCAUGUGGUAUCCUUUCUCAUUCCAGUAACACUCGAUGUCUUGAUCACAACUCCCAUCAUUCCCAGCCAGUAAUCCCAAUGAAUUCUACCCAGAAAUUAAGGCUACCUUUAGAGUACAACCCUAUGCCGGUUUUCUUCUAGGUAGCCUAUUACAUUCAGAGGGAUUUACUCCCGAAGAAAUAUGCCUGGGAUCGGAGUAUUAGCUGGUAACAAAUUCCAGGGAAAGACACUAAGGAAUUGCUUCCAAUAAAUCCAAUCAUCAUCAUCAUCAUCCCUACAGGCAAUCGUAGGGAUGGCAGCGCUCUUAAAGGCUCGAUAAUCAUCCAAAAUCCUUUCCUGACCUAAAAUUACGCUUUUUUGUCGAUGCAGUACGAGGGGAGGGAGGUUGGAGAUUUCGAAAACUGUUAAUGACUUCGAUUUAAGAGGCGGUUUUAAGUCUAAAGGACUUGCCGAAGGUCAUGCGCCCGCAGUCAAUACCGAAGCUAGACUCGAAAGACUCGAGGAGUAACCUAGAUUUUAGAACGCGGGCAUUGCCGAGUCCAAAAUCCUACGCUGGAGCACAUGCACACGGUGCGGUGACCUUCUGCAACGGGCGAGAGUGUGUGUACGGGGUGGCUGUUAAUUAUUUUUGAUUCCAAAACUACGCUCCCCGCGUAUUACUAUCGCAGCAUUCUUGCCCGGAAGGAGGAGAAGGGAAGGCACCCCAGUCCUUCUAUUUGCAUCCAUUCACGUACGAAAGACCUGCCGCUCCUUCCCUCCCUCCUGCUCCCCGCGUGCUGACUAGAGAGAGCUGGUUAUUCUUGCAGCUCUUGUUGUCUUGGCAGGAGUUCAAUGAGCAGCAGGCGGAGGAAGGGGAGAGCCUAGCACGCAGGCGCUCCUGGGCACUGUCGAAGAAUCGAGUCACUGGAGCAGAGCGCCCAAGCGGCGGCGACGGCUUCUGGAGUCCCCGCCCAGUGUGAGUGUCUGGGCGGCCGGCAGCCGGCGGGCAGUGCUGGAGUAGCGAGAGCGCGGUGCGGGCAGAGCGAGCGGCGUGUCGUGCUGGGGGGUCGGAGGGACCUGUGUUCGGGCGAUGCAUAUCGCCACGUCCCUGGAGUCCCGGAAAUAGGAGAGCCUGGCAGAGAGCAGAGGCGCUUCCCUCGCCUCGGAGCCGCGCUCGUUCGCCCAAGGAGCUGGCAUUCCGGGCAGAAGGCUGCAGCGGGUGCAACGCGCCGCGCCUCUCCGGUGGCAAGCGGAGCCGCGGUGGGAAGAGGAGGUAGGGGACGAGGCGCGGGGCGCUCGCUGCCCCUGGACUCGGCCAUGUCGUCCGCGGCGGUGGCGGGGGCCGCUGCCCCCCGCGGGCAGUCCUGUUACUUGUGCGAUCUACCUCGCAUGCCCUGGGCCAUGAUCUGGGAUUUCACCGAGCCUGUCUGCAGGGGCUGCGUCAACUACGAAGGGGCCGACCGGGUGGAGUUCGUCAUCGACACGGCUCGGCAGCUCAAGCGGGCGCACAGUUUCCAGGAAGGCCGGGCUCCGCCACCUCCGCACGCGAAGCAGCAGCCUCCGCCGCUCAGCACCAAAGAAAUGCACUCUGCAGCUGUGGCUACGGCUGAGGCGGCAUCGCGCGCCCCGCCGCAGCCCCACGAGCGCUACUCCCUGGCUGCGGCACUGGCGUCCUCCGAGCGGCCGCCUCCCCGCCUGGGACCCGAGUACGGCGGCGGGAGCAGGCAGGUCAAUGGCAUCCUUGUCCCCAACGGUUUCUCCAAACCCGAGGAGCCGCCUGAACUGAACCGGCAGAGUCCCAACCCGCGCCGGACGCACGCGGUGGCCCCCACUUUGGUGCCCCUCAUGAACGGAGCCUCCCUGCCCGCCUCCAUCAGCAUCAACAGUCGGGCGGCGGCGGCUGCAGCAGCCUCGUUGGCGGCUAUCUCCGGGGCGCCGCCGACUCCGCUGCAAGUCUCGGUCU